CGUGCGCUUUUCCAGCUCACCAGGGACCGGGAGGGAAGGGCUUUAUUUGUCUCGUGCCGGUGGAAAGAGGGCAGCAGUGCUGUGACCCUCUCGCGCCUUCUUCUUGUCUCUGGCCCCGUGGAGCCGGAGCAUCACGCGGCAAGUGGGCAGUGCGCUGCUGGCACCGCUGGUGGCUGCCUGGGGCGCUCGCUAGCUCUAGUUAGGAGAAGCCUCGUGCUGCAGCAGCUAGAUCCGCGGCGCACGGCCAUCGCCCUUCAGGACUCAGCAUGGCCAGCCAGCCCGGAGCAGCCGAGGCCGUUUCCUGCCAGGACUGUAAUCAUGAAUGCUGUGGGACAGGAGAGCUAAAGCAAAUGGCAGAGACUUUUAAGGCUAAAGAUCUAAUCAUUACACCAGCCACCAUUUUAAAAGAAAAACCAGACCCAAAUAAUCUUGUAUUUGGAACUGUUUUCACCGAUCACAUGUUGACAGUGGAAUGGUCUUUGAAUUUUGGAUGGGAAAAGCCUCAUAUUAAGCCUCUUGAGAACCUGUCAUUACAUCCUGGCUCAUCAGCCCUUCACUAUGCAGUGGAAUUAUUUGAAGGAAUGAAGGCAUAUCGAGGAGUAGAUAAAAAAAUCCGUCUGUUUCGACCAAACCUCAACAUGGACAGGAUGCUUCGAUCUGCAGCAAGGAUAACUUUGCCUGAGUUUGACAAGAAAGAACUCUUAAAGUGCAUACAAGAACUUGUGAGAUUGGAUCAGGAAUGGGUUCCAUACUCAACAUCAGCCAGCCUCUAUGUUCGCCCUACCUUUAUUGGAACUGAGCCUUCCCUUGGAGUAAAGAAGCCAACAAAAGCCCUACUUUUUGUAAUUCUGAGUCCUGUGGGACCUUACUUUUCAAGUGGAAGCUUUAAACCUGUAUCUCUGUGGGCUGAUCCGAAGUACAUAAGAGCCUGGAAGGGUGGAACGGGGGACUACAAAGUAGGAGGCAAUUAUGGUGCCUCCAUUUUUGCCCAAAAUGAAGCAUUGCAUUAUGGAUGUCAGCAGGUUCUUUGGCUCUGUGGAGAAGAUCAUCAGAUAACUGAAGUGGGAACCAUGAACCUUUUCUUAUACUGGAUAAAUGAAGAUGGAGAGGAUGAACUGGCAACUCCACCACUAGAUGGUAUCAUUCUUCCAGGAGUGACAAGGCAAAGUAUAUUGGAUCUGGCACACAAAUGGGAUGAAUUUAAGGUGACUGAGAGGUACCUCACUAUGAAUGACUUAAUCAUUGCUCUGAAAGAAAACAGAGUAAAAGAAAUGUUUGGCUGUGGUACAGCCUGUGUUGUUUGCCCAGUUUCUGAUGUACUAUACAAGGAUGAGAAUAUUCAUGUUCCAACUAUGGAGAAUGGUCCUAAGCUUGCUACCCGUUUAUUAAAUCAACUUACUGAUAUCCAGUAUGGAAGAGAAGAGAGUGAUUGGACAAUCUUGGUGUCUUGAAUGAAAAGCAGACGAUAUCAUCUGUACGUUAUUGGGGCAAGCCAUUGUGUUUGAAUUGUGAUAAAUUUGUUUGGCUACCAGUUUAUAGCUGUGUGUAAUGUAUUUUGUAUUAUCACUGUGUUCCUGGGGAUGAUUGCUUCCACAUGCCAGAGAAUAGAAAUAACAAUCACAUUAUUUUCUUCAGUAAGCUUGCUAGUAGAAGCUUACUUUCUUGUAGCAAGUAGCUAAGAUGAAGCCAUAAAAAGUAGAAUUUUCCUCACAAUUUUUAGUGCCUCCUUUAGUUGCCUUGUCCUUACUCAUGAUUUAGAAUGGAAUAUGCUCUUCUUCCUUUACCUUCUUGGCAUUUCCCCCCUGUUCUUUUAUUUACCAAAUAAGACUUGACUGACUAAAACCUGGUUCAGAUGAAUUUUACUGUUUCCUUCCUCAUCAUCUUUAGGUUACUCUUCUCUGUGUCACCAUUUUUCUGUUUUUCUUUGAGACAUUGGAAAAGCUGGAUUUGUUCUCUGCACUUGGGUUUUGAAGUGAAUUUCCCUCUGGCACAAGCAUUUUGCUUAACUCUUCUGUUCUAUACAAUAGAAAUGUUGCCACAGAGGAUAAUGACAUUAUCCCCCUGCUCAAUUCUGGAUCUAAAGUAUCAUUAAUAGCCUUCUAUUAGUUCCUUAUGCUUGUUUACCUUUAUUGCAUAUUCACAGGGGGUUUCCCCAGGGAGGCUUCAGUUUGCAGAGUUCCUCGUCAUUGCACCUGGAGGCUCAGGGGAUUUUCAUCAAUAUCCCUGCUAAUAAUCUGCACUGUAAUUCAUUUUAUUACUCACUCUCCCUCUUCCUUUUUAGUAUACCUAACUCCCAUAUGUCAACAUUUAGCUAUAAAACACUUAUCUUGUAGCUAAAAGACAUUGCAAAUUGAUUUUUUUGAACUAUUAAAUUUCUCUGUACAGUAUUAGGUCCCUAAGGGACUUCCUUUGAAGUUCUUCAGACUUCCUGAGGAAUGUACUCUCCCGUCUUUUUAAAGAUUUCUUCAAAUUUUGUAGUGAUCUGAACUCUUCUCUAAUCACUAAAAUAAUUACAUAAUUGUACUGAAGAACUGAAUUAUCAAUGACAACUGUGAAAAAGAAUUUUGGGUCUAUAUUCUCUUUAAAAUAGGUUGUAAGCACAAAACAGCAGUUUCAUAGAAGUAUGACUGUAUGUUCUUACUGUCUUUACAUAAUUGAAACUGGUCAAUUAGCAUUUGUGUUUGAUUCUUAUGAUUAGUAUAUAUUUUUUAACAUUGUUUUUAGUUCCCAUGGUCUGCUGAAUCACCGGCCUGGAGAGAUACCCAAAGACAUACAAUAAGAUAGAUAAAUUAUCCUGAUACUGACUUGUGCCUUGAAGUGAGAUACAAAGUUAUAAGAAAUAGAAGUGCAUUUUCUAGUGAGUGAAAUAAUAGUGAAUUGUGUAAUAUUUGCUCAUUUUUAUGUUUCUGGGUGUGAGAAGAUGGAAAGAUCUCAGAUUUAAUAGCUACUUUUUUCCUACAAAGCAAGGACUAUAGAGUAUGUGUGUGUGUGUGUGUGUGUGUGUGUGUGUGUGUGUGUGUGUGUGUGUGUGUGUGAGUUCUGGAAUGAAGAAGAUAACAAAAAUGUUCUUUAUAGGGCUUUUAUGAUGAACUGUUAUCUUGGAAGAUGCUAUCUAAUUCAGGAUUUGAUCCUGAGAAGUAUGACUGUCUUUCCCAUCAUUAAUAUGUCACUUAUUAUUUAAAAGAUUUAUUUUUUUCUUAAUAAAUCUUUUGAACUCACUUCAGAAAUUAUAGCCUUGAAAAAGACUGGCAUUGGAUUUGUGAGCUUUUCCAAAAAUAUUUUGCUAACUAUGUCAAUAUAAUUGGUUUCCUCUGGAGUCCUAUGCAUUUUAUUUUAUGCGUUAAAAAAAUUAUUCUGAAAAAAGGUCCACAGGCUUUAUCAGAUUGCCAAAGGAGACCAUUACACAAAAAACUUCUGGUCUGAGGAAAAGGAGGGAUUGCUUUUACUAGUCCUUCAAUACACUGUCUUUUUAUUUAGUUUUUCAAUUUUCUAUGUGUGGUUUCCACGACCACUAUUUGAGGCCAUCUCAGGCAUUUUCUGCUACACUUAUAAUUUUUCAGGAUAUAACUGAUAUUUAUACAGUGCUUUAAGGUCUACAAAGCACUUUCCUCACAAAAAUGUUAAGAUA